AUGAAUCGUGAUUGGAUGUAUGUUGAAAAUCGAACUCAACCCGAGUUCUUGAACGGGAUUGAGGAAUUUUGUAGAACUGCUAUUGAACACCAAAGGACUACUAUAGGAGAAAGAAUCUUUUUCCCUUGUCGUGAUUGCAACAAUGUGAAGAAGUGGAAGGAAAUUAGUGUGGUUGAAAACCAUUUAUUUCGCCGUGGGUUCAUGGAAAAUUAUACCAUUUGGUAUUGGCACGGUGAGAAAAUAAUUCCUACAACUAGUAGGUCAUCAAUCAAUGACGCUGAUAUGGAGAAUAGAGAACAAUAUGAUGAUAAUGAAAGGGAUACCGAUGAUUUUUUCGAGGAGGAUCACAUUCCUGAGAUGAUGGAUGGUUUGGGUGAUCAUGUGAACGAAGAAUCUCGUAUGUUUGAAAAUGUGUCAAAGGCCGCCGAGACACCUUUAUAUCCAGGAUGUGCAAAGUACUCUAAGCUUUCAGGGGUUUUAACAUUAUUUAACUUGAAAGCAAAGAACGGUUGGACCGAUACAAGUUUCAAUUCGUUGUUAGAAGCUUUAUCAGACAUGCUUCCUGAAGGGAAUGACAUUCCUAAGUCUACCUACUAUCCAAAGAAGCUAUUGUGUCCCUUAGGUCUUGAGUACACAAAGAUCGAUGCAUGUCCUAAUGAUUGUGUACUUUUUCGAAAUGAGUAUGAAAACCUUGAUGCUUGUCCAAAGUGCGGUGUUGAUCGCUACAAGCGCGAGGGUUCAAACCCCAAUCGCAAGAAGUGGCCACCAGAAGGUGUUAUGGAUGCAAAAAACUUGGUGUGGCAUGCACAAGAGAGAAAGAAAGAUAGGUACAUUAGGCAUCCCGCUGAUUCGAAGCAAUGGAAACAUAUUGAUGAUACAUUUCCGGAGUUUGGUAAAGAGGCUAGGAACCUGAGACUUGAAUUAAGUACCGACGGGAUGAAUCCUUACGGUACCCUUAGCUCUCAACACAGCACAUGGCCGGUGCUUUUGUCAAUUUAUAACUUACCUCCUUGGCUAUGCAUGAAACGUAAGUACAUCAUGUUGUCGCUUCUAAUAUCGGGUCCCAAACAACCCGGUAAUGACAUAGAUGUCUACUUGGAGCCUCUCUUGGAGGAUUUGAGACUAUUAUGGGAUAAAGGUGUUCCAAUGUUCGAUGCCCAUACAAGUACAAAUUUUACUUUGCGGGCCAUGAUUUUUUGCAUUGUAAGUGAUUUCCCGGCUUAUAGGAACUUGUCUGGUUACAAAGUCAGAGGGAAAAAACCAUGCCCCAUUUGUGAGGACAAAAUGGAACCAACACGCCUCAAGAAUUUUGGAAAGGAUGUUUAUAUGCAUACUAGACGACUGCUUCGUCGAGAUCACCCUUAUCGUACGAAAAAAGCUGAAUUCAAUGGGUUCCCAGAGAAACAGUGGUUGCGUGAGCCACUUAGUGGUAUAGAGUUGUGGGAGAGAAUCAAAGAUGUUGAGACAAUUUUCGGGAAAGUUGGUAAACAUACCUCUAUUACGGGUCUUUGGAAAAAGGUGUCUACAUUUUGGACUCUUCCUUAUUGGAAACACUUGUCUGUUAGACAUUGUCUUGAUGUUAUGCAUAUUGAAAAAAAUGUAUGCGAUUCAAUCAUCGGGACAUUAUUAAAUAUACCUAACAAGACAAAGGAUACUAAAGAUGUCCGAAAAGACAUGAAGCUUGCAAAUAUUCGACCAAAGUUAUGGCCCGUGGAAAAUGACGAAACAAAAAAGACAUUUUUGCCUCGAGCUUGA